UAGAGGCCCUUCCAAGCCUUAAGAACCUGUUACGCGUCACCUGGAUGCAUACAUGAUAAGUAUUGGACAGAAUACAUACAGAGAAGAAUCACCACACCGUGUCAAGCAUGAGCAUCCUGGUCUGUUGAUUGGAUACUUCCUCAGAGCCCAUAUGCAGUGGAUAGCAAGGGACAUUUGAACAUCAUUAAUAACUCUCGACCUACCUUUUUCAUCCAUUGAUCACUACGAAGAUUAAGUGAAUAUUAAAGUGGCUCGAGAUCUUCUCCCUAUCAUAUCUUUGUUUUCUUACCAUCAACCAAAAGAAAAGAGAAGAAAAUGGGCUCGUCAAGCACCAGCGUCAAUUCGUACGAUAUCAUCAUCAUCGGCGGCGGCCUAGCCGGCAUCAACUGUGCCUACCGCCUCCAGUCCAGGGUCCCUGACGCCAAGUUCGCGAUCCUGGAAGCCCGUGAUGACAUCGGCGGCACCUGGGAGAUCUUCAAGUAUCCGGGCAUCCGGUCUGACUCGGACCUACACACCUAUGGCUUCGCCUGGGAGCCGUGGCCGUACUCGACGCCCAUUGCCGAGGGCGAGUUGAUUCUGUCCUACUUUCACCAGUGUGUGGAGAAGUACGACCUGCGCAAGUACAUGAGCUUCCGGCACAAGGUGACGGGGUGUGACUGGUCCAGCGAGGCCAAGAAGUGGACCCUGGCCGUAGACAAUGACGGGCAAAGGAAGGUCUACGAGGCGUCCUUUGUGGUCCUCGGCACGGGCUACUACGACUACGAGAACCCCCUACCGGCCGUGAUUCCUGGGCUGGAGAAUUUCAAGGGCAAGAUUGUGCACCCGCAAGCCUGGCCGACCGACUACGACUUCUCCGAGAAGGAGGUCGUGGUCGUGGGCAGCGGCGCCACAGCCAUCACACUGAUCCCGAACCUGGCGCCCAGGACCAAGCACGUCACCAUGCUCCAGCGAAGCCCCACAUGGAUCGCGGCCAUCACGAACAGGGCACCCUUCGACGGACACUGGCUGCUGUCGUCCUUGAUUCCCAGGAGGCUCAAGGCGUGGCUGAACUGGCUGUACUUUGCAAUCGUGCCCUUCUACCGCGUCCGCCUGUGCCAAAGGUAUCCGCAGCUGGCGAGGAAGGCUCUCCUCAAACAAGCGGGCGAGCGGCUUCCCGCGGACAUCAGCACCGACCCGCACUUCACGCCGCGAUACAACCCAUGGGAGCAGAGGCUCUGUCUGUCACCCGAGGGAGACUUCUUCGAGUGCCUGCACGGCCGCGAUGGAAAGCCUGCGAAAGCGGGUGUCGUCACGGCCACGAUCGAGACGGUCACGGAGGACGGCAUUCUCUGCAGUAACGGGCAGAAGCUGAACGCCGACGUAAUCAUUACGGCGACGGGGUUGAAGAUUCGAUUUGGUGGGGGGGUUCCCCUGCGUGUCGAUGGUGAGCUGGUCAGCCACCCGGAACACAUCAUUUGGGAGGGUUGUAUGAUGAAUGACGUGCCCAACCUGAUGUACAUGGUUGGAUAUGCCUGGGCCUCGUGGACGCUCGGGGUUGACAAUACGGCCAUCCUGCUGUGUCGUCUGUGGAAGGAUAUGAAGAAGAGGGGUCGGCAGGUUGCUGUGCCCAAAUUUCCCCAGGGGACGGUCAUUGCUGAGGAGGACAAGAAGUCGUGGCUGGAGCUGACGUCAACAUACAUAAAGAAGGACAGGACGUCUCCACUCAACUUAAAGGAUGGUAAAGGUCCUUGGAAGGCAAGGGGCAAUGUUUGGUUGGAUUGGCUACAGGCCAGAUUUGGGAGUGUGAGUAGAGCUCUGGCCCUGUCAUGAGGGCUGUUCAGGGUGUCAAUGCGCUUGUUUGGGAGGUCAUGGGUUGAAUGAUGCUGGGAAGAAAUGUUAUUAGUCUGUGCAAAGAAGGAUAGGAGCAGGCUAGUGUCGAGACAAUAGGCAGAGAACUACUGCAGAAUGAGAUAUUUAUUAGGUUCAAUGCC